AUGUCUGUAGAGUAUGUGGAAAAUGGCGGCACAGGCAAUGGCAGCGCAGGGGAGGAGUACCUUGUGUCACUGGCGGCUCUCAACCUGCUGCGCGGCCGCACUGCCUUAUUGGACGCCCUCCUCUCCCGCCGCCCUCUCGUGGAAGCGCAAUCCGCGCUCCCUGCUGCUGCGCCUUCAGCAGCAGCAGCAACGGCGCCUUCAGCAGGAGGAGGAGGAGGAGGAGAGGGAGGGGAGUACGUGCUGCAGUCGGUCACGAUGCAGGCCGGGUCGGAGCGUGCGAGCACGCGCGAGGAGCAGGAGAAGGCGUUGAGGCACGUGGUGUCACUGCCGCCCAUACCGUGUGGCAAUGAGUUGACUUACGUUGACCUGUCAGAUGCUGACGUGCAGCGCGUGGCACGAGGGGUGGUGGCGAGUGAGAAUGAGAGGCAGCACUCUGCUACUGAUCUCGCUGCUGGAGGGCGCAAUACCACUGUCUACUUCCUUCCUUGCCCUCUCUCCACCCCCCUUUCGCCCCCCACAGGGCAGCACUCUGCCACUGAUCUCGCUGCUGGGGGUUUAACGUUGAGGCACGGCAGCGCGCUGCGCCCACUCUCCCUCUUCUGCCUGCUCUCUCACCCCCCUGCAGGGCAGCGCACUGCUGCUGAUUUCAGUGGUGGAGGCACAGGUGGUAGUGCCUCACUGCUUUUGAUCUCGGUGGUGGAGGCACAGGUGUUGGUGCCGUCAUGCAGAUACAGAGAGUACAAUCUCACCCUGCUGGCAGCAGAUAACACCACCGGCAUGGCAGCACACUAUGCCACGCACGCACUAGAUAACAACAGUGGCGCCAUGCCUGAUACUUCCACAAGGGGGGAACGCGAGUGGGAGGAGGUUGGUGAAUGGGUGUGUGUGGAUGAGGGGUGGGUGCUCAUUCCUGCUGCUACCCCCCUAGACACCUGGACGCCUCCCCCUGCCUCCCCUAAUGCUUCCUAUAAUGCCUCCUCUAAUACCUCCUCUAAUGCCUCCUCUAAUACCUCCUCUAAUGCCUCCUCUAAUACCUCCUCUAAUGCCUCCUCUAAUACCUCCUCUAAUACCUCCGCUAAUGCCUCCUCCAAUUCCUCCUCCAAUAUCUCCUUCAAUGCCUCUGCUAGUGUCCCCUAUAACGACUCUUACAAUGGCUUCUCCAUGCGCUCCCUCGCUCUCUUCGCCUUGAGCGAGCGCAAUGGACAGAACAACAUCACCUCGCAUUUGACCCUGAUAGAUGUGCUUGCAGCGAGGGCGAAUGUGGUGGAGGGGGCAGGGAUCAACUACAGCGUGACUGUAACAGCAGCAGCGCAAGCAGCACAUGUAGUGUUCCAGUCGGUGUCUGGAGGAGCAAACAUGACAGGUGUGAGGGAGAGCAAGGAAGUGGCGACAGUGAAGGUGCUGGUGUGGCAGCCGGUGCCCUUCACGGCUCACCGCCUGCUUGACUUGUUCGUGUUGGGUGACGGAAUGAGCAAUGGAUCUGCUUCCCCACCCCCGGGUCACACCCCCCUGGGUAACAACACGGUUGUGCCUAAGGCUGGCUGUUCUGGUGCUGCGCCGAUCGGAUUUGUGACCGGUGCACCAUCCCAUGGCCGCACCACCAUCCCAUGGCCGCACCACCAUCCCAUGGCCGCACCACCAUGCCAUGGCCGCACCACCAUGCCAUGGCCGCACCACCAUCCCAUGGCCGCACCACCAUCCCAUGGCCGCACCACCAUCCCAUGGCCGCACCACCAUCACAUGGUGUCACUGGCAGCUCUCAACCUGCUGCGCGGCCGCACUGCCUUAUUCGACGCCCUCCUCUCCCGCCGCCCUCUCGUGGCCGCGCUCCCUGCUGCUGCCCUUCCAUUAACAGCAGCUGAAAAUGGAGGAGAGGGAGGAGGGGAGGGAUGGGAGUACACGUUGAGGUCGUGGGUGCAGCAGGCGGGGUCGGGGCAUGCGAGCACGCGGGAGGAGCAGGAGGCGGCGCUCAGGCACGUGGUGCCGGUGACCCCCCCUCCGUGUGGCGACCUGUUGACUUACGUUGACUCCUCAGAUGUGGACGUGCAGCGCGUGGCACGAGAGGCGGUGGCGAGUGAGAAUAAGAGACAGAUAACACCACGCACAUGGCGCCACGCACAUGGUGCCACGCACAUGGUGCCACGCACGCACUAUGCCGUGCAUGCACUGGAUUUGGGGCGGACGAAUAACAGCGGCGCCACGCCUGAUACUUCGCAAGCGGGGAACGCGAGUGGGAGGAGGUCGGUGAAUGUGACGUGGUUUGCGGUGGUGGCGGGGACGCAGCGGAAUGCAACAGCGGGGGAGAUGGGCGUGGCGGCAGCAGGGGGGUGUGCCGGGAGGAAUGCGAGCAGCACCAGUGCUUCUGGUGGUGGGGGUGGUGACAGGGCGUUUAAGAGCAGUAGCAGCAGUGGCAGUGGUGGGGUGGUGGAGUGGGACUUGGCACGGGCCAUGGCAGGGGAGUGUGUGGAUGAGGGGUGGGUGCUCAUCCCCGCUGCUGCCACUGCCGACAAUUCCACGACUCCCAUUGCCCCUAGCAAUGCCUCCUCCAAUGCUUCCUCUAAUGCUUCCUCCACCCACCCCUACACGGAUGCCUACAACGGCUUCUCGAUCCGCUCCCUCGCUCUCUUCGCCCUCGACCAACUCAGCAACCACAGCAGCCUCCCCUCGAAUGUGACUCUGCUGGAUGUUAUUGUAGCGAGAGCGAAUGUGGUGGAGGGAGCAGGGAUCAAGUACAGUGUGACUGUAACAGCAGCGGUGGAUGGAUCAACGGUACCUACAACAACAGCGGUUCCUACAACAACAAUUUUUGCAGCAACGGUACCUACUACAAUCCCUGCGGUGCUGCUGAAUGCGCCUGCAACCAAAGCCAAGGCAGCAGAGGAGGAGGCAGGGAAGCAAGUGGUGGUGGUGAAGGUGGUGGUGUGGCAGGCGGUGCCCUUCACUGCUUUCCAACUGGCUGACUUUUUCAGGCUGGAUGGGGGAGACAGCGAGGGGAGUGAGAAUCAAAAGCAGGAGGGCGUAUGGUAUAUUGACUGUGUGUCCCCAUCCCCAGGUUACAUGUACACUGCUCAUCGCACAGCAGUGCUCAGGGAUGGCUGCUCCGUUGCUGCUCCCACUGGAUUCAUGGCAUGGAUCUGUGUGCUUGUCUCUCUUGGCCUAGCGCUGGCUCUCCUGUAG